CUAAGACCCGCAGCCUUACGGUACCGAGACUAUUCCAACUCCUGAUAACGCUGCGACAAACCACACGACCCACGGCUUUAAUUAACAACCUUCAAUUUACUGCUAAUCCGGUGUUUCUUCCUUUAUUGACAAUUUCACGUAAUACAAAGACAUUAGUUUUGAGGUGUAUCGAGUAACUACACAUACAAAACGCAAAUCAUUCAAUUCCUUCGCUUAUUCUGUAAUCAUUAGAAAUGAAAGUUAGACAAGAUCCAUCAACCUUGUCAAACUACCUAGAGGUAGAACUGCAACACAUGUUGCUUGAGACAAGCAUUAUUUUUUCAGAGAAACGCCUUACUGGUCAAGUCACUCUGUCUAUGGAACCUCGAGUUGUUGGAAAGGCCCUCGAGCAGAUUGUCCUUGAUACAUCUUUUCUUGACAUUUCAAAUGUGUACGUAGAUGAGCAGGAAACGGCAUUCUGUGUGAAGGAACGCAAAAGUUUUCUCGGAUCGGCUCUUCAUAUUGUACCUUCUGCAGUACUUAGAAAGGGCAAACAAUUUAAAUUACGAAUUGUUUAUGCGACUACGAAGGAUUGUACCGCGUUGCAGUUCUUGAGUCCGAAUCAAACUAUUGGUAAAAAACAUCCUUACGUCUUCUCGCAAUGUCAGGCAAUUCACGCCCGCUCGAUGGUCCCUUGCCAAGACACGCCUUCGGUAAAAUUCCCUUGUACGUUUAGGAUUCGUUCUCCUUUUCCAGUAAUAGCAUCCGGUAUUCCCGCUGGCUCCCAAGAUUUUAACAACGGCUCAUUGGUUUACGUAUUUGAACAACGCAACAAAAUUCCAUCUUACCUUAUUUCAUUGCUCAGUGGAGACCUUGCCAGCUGUCCUGUGGGUCCACGUUCAUUCGUCUACACAGAGCCAUCAAAUCUCAUGGCCUGCAAAUAUGAAUUUGAACAGGACAUGGAAAGAUUUAUUCAGGCUGCUGAAUCAAUUACCUUUGCAUACCCUUGGACCCGCUAUGACUUUGUUAUUCUUCCUCCUUCUUUUCCCUACGGUGGUAUGGAAAACCCGAAUGCAACGUUUGCAACACCGACAUUAAUCGCUGGUGAUCGAUCUAAUGUAAACGUCAUUGCACAUGAGCUUGCCCAUUCCUGGAGUGGAAACCUUGUUACGAAUGAAUCAUGGCAAACCUUUUGGCUGAAUGAAGGUAUGACGGUUUUUCUCGAGCGAAAAAUUAUCGGUCGUAUUUACGGUGAAAAGUAUCGUCAAUUUGAUGCUAUUAUAGGUUGGGGUGAGCUAAAAGAAGCUGUUGAGCUUUUUGGUCCUAACCAUGAAUUCACAAAGUUGGUACAGAACUUAGACGGUGUUGAUCCGGAUGAUGCAUUUUCUACCAUCCCUUAUGAAAAGGGAUCGAGUCUGCUGUAUCAUAUUGAAACUGUACUAGGCGGUGCCCAUAUAUUUGAGCCUUUUCUUCCCUAUUACUUCCGGAAGUUUUCAAAUUCUUCCGUAAACGAACUCCAAUUCAAGGAAACGCUAUAUGAAUUCUUUAAGCCCCAGGGUCUCACCGGUCAACUUGAUAAAAUUGACUGGCAGGCAUGGUUAUACGGACCAGGAAUGCCUCCUGUGACUCCUAAUUUUGACACGACAUUGGCUAAUCCCUGUUAUACAUUGGCUGAAAAAUGGAGAACGGCUGCUGAAGCGCAUACUGCCCCAGUACCGUUUGCGGCAGACGAUGUCAAGAGAUGGUCUGCCGGACAGUCGUCCCUGUUUCUCGACCUUUUAUUUGAAACUUCGCCGCUCCCAAAUCAGUAUAUUGAAACCUUGAGCGACGUAUAUGCUUAUGGCAAAUCAGAGAACGCAGAGUUACUCUUUCGAUUUUACAAACUGGCACUAAAGGCCAAGUACACGCGUCUCUACGAUACAAUUGCACAGGCGGUUGGGUCUGUUGGCCGCAUGAAGUUUGUUAGACCCAUUUACCGCUUACUGAAUAGCGUUGAUCAUGAUUUCGCUGUGAAGACCUUCCUUAAGUACCGCGAUUUUUACCACAAAAUUUGCAGCUCAAUGGUUGCUAAAGAUCUGAAGUUGACAGAAUAAGUGUCAUGAAGCAAACUUUAAUUUAAUUCCGUAUUUUCAAGCUUACUAUUAAGGUUUUUAUAUUGUAAAGAAUGCUAUUCGUUAUGUGCGUACCAGGUCUAAAAAUAUUAAGUCAGCAGUCGCUCCACAUUAAUCUUAAGACUUCAUAAUUGAUCGUGUUAAUAAACCAUUAGUGCACCAGUAACACAACUUUCUAAUGCUCAAGAAUGUUAAGGUUACCGGUGAUGACGCAGUUUUCAAGGACAGAUCCGUUGGGGA